GAUUUUCUCAUUUCUUUAUUCUAUUAUUCCUUUUUUUUUUUUGGGUUAUAAACUAAAUUUGGUAGGGAAAUUCAGAGAUAGCGGAAUCAGAUAUGGGGCCUUAGGCGUUGAAGGGGGUUGGAAACUUGUUCUAUAGAAUAUUAUAUUUGAAGGAAGUUGAAGGAAAUCUGAUGCUUUAGAUCUGUUUACCUAUCAGGUUGAUGCCAACAUUCCACCCCACAACCACCCCCACAUCCACUACCCUCAUUCUUUUCUCCUUCAGUCUUCAAUGGUGGUGACCUGUUAGGUGUCCUUUCUUUCUUCCUUGGUCUUCAUUUGAAUUUGAAUCUUCCUGCCUAAGAGCCUGCUUCUUUCGCUUCUCCCAUAUAAAUCCUAAAAUCUUAAGGACAGGACAGCAACAUGCAAACCUAUGAUUCUCUUUGUAGUUUGAUGAGAUCCUAUACACGUUAUAUACGAAAAAUGAUGACUGGAAAUGGGUUAUUUUACCCAAUUGUUGGUAUUGUAUCCUGUGUGGCUUUCAUUUACAUGUCUUUUGGUGAUUUGAGGGUUACUUAUCAUCGAGAACCAGAGUUAACUUUUGUGACCAGAAAUGGAACUCAGUUUAUGGUGGAUGGUAGGCCUUUUUACAUAAAUGGAUGGAAUUCUUUUUGGUUAAUGGACCAUUCUGCGGAAGAAGAUAGGAGACCCAGGGUUAGGGCAAUGCUGGAAGCUGGUGCCAAGAUGGGUCUCACUGUUUGUCGAGCAUGGGCCUUCAACGAUGGUGGCUACAAUGCUCUACAGGUUUCCCCUGGCCAAUUCGAUGAGCGGGUCUUCAAGGCUUUGGAUCAUGUCAUUGCAGAAGCCAGACAACAUGGAGUCAGGCUGCUUCUUAGUAUAGUCAAUAACUUGAAGGCAUAUGGUGGAAAAACACAGUAUGUGAAGUGGGCAUGGGAAGAAGGCAUUGGUUUGAGCUCUUCAAAUGAUUCUUUCUUCUUUGAUCCAACCAUCAGAAGAUAUUUCAAGAACUAUGUUAAGACUUUGUUGACUAGAAAAAACACCAUCACAGGGAUUGAAUAUAGGAAUGAUCCCAGCAUCUUUGGAUGGGAGUUGAUGAAUGAACCUCGUUGUGUAUCUGAUCCUUCAGGUGACACUCUUCAAGAAUGGAUAGAAGAAAUGUCAGCUUUUGUGAAAUCUAUUGACAAGAACCAUCUACUGACUGUGGGCCUGGAAGGAUUUUAUGGUCCUACAAACCCAAAGAGGUCAACUAUGAACCCAGAAAAUUGGGCGUCAAUCCUUGGAACUGAUUUUAUUCGAAACUCUAAGGUCCAACACAUUGAUUUUGCCUCUGUUCAUAUAUACCCUGAUCAUUGGUUUCAGCAUCAAACAUUUGAAGAGAAGGUAACAUUUGUGUCCAAGUGGAUGCUUUCUCACAUUGAAGAUGGUCAGCAUGAACUGAGUAAGCCGGUGUUUUUCACCGAGUAUGGAUUCUCUAACCUGAACAAGGACUUCCAGCCGUCCCAACGAGAUAGGUUUUACAAAUCCAUUUUAGACAUCAUCUAUAAAUCUGCAAAGAGAAAACGAGCUGGGGCAGGUGCAUUAGUCUGGCAAUUUUUUGUUGAAGAAAUGGAAGAGUUCAAUGAUGAUUUUGGGAUUGUCCCAUGGGAAAGACCAUCAACAUACAGGUAUUUUACUGACCAAUCAUGCAGGUUGGCAAGACUCCGAGGAAUUCAUCGGCAAAAUCAAAUUUUAAGAGAGCUGUGUUUGCAGACUGAAAAUUGAGUUCUGUUAAAAAUGUUUAGAAUCUGUUGGGGGGAGGGGGUGUAAUGUUCUCAAAUGUGUUAUGCCGGAUAGCAUGAGGAAGAGAUGCAGGUCAUUUUUUUGUAUUCAUAUGCGUCCCAAUUCUAUAUAAAUUAUUUAAUUCAUGUUAGGUUAGACAAGUGUAGGUAUAUAUUGCAGCAGAGAUUAUAGACACUGCUGCAAAAUGUGUUCCAGAUCUUGCCAUUAGAGAUCUAUGGGUUGAAAACUCAGAGAGUGCAGUUAGAUUAGGGAUUCUAUUUGCCUGUAUAUCAAUUUUAGAUGUGAUGGUUUCAGGAUUGCAAAUUAAACGUUAAAAGAUAGUGAAAGAGUAUUGAAUGAUUCCAUGAAUAGCACCUAACCUUGCCAGAAA